UCACUAUAUGUUCCAAUACAGUUGACUACAGCGAGGAGGCCCCAGAACAUGAUGGCGGCAUGCAGUUGGAGGCUAUUUUACGGAAUUGCGACUCUUCUUGGGACUGUUGUGGUUCAAGUUCAGUGUAAUGAAGAGACACAACUGAUCCAAAACUUGUUCAAAGGCUAUAACAAGAACAUUCGCCCUGUGGUUCAUCCUGAGGACAAACUGGAGGUUCAGAUCAAGCUGACCCUCACCAACCUUAUCUCUCUGAAUGAAAAAGAAGAGACUCUCACGACCAAUGUGUGGAUUGAAAUACAAUGGUCUGAUUAUCGUCUAACCUGGAAUACAUCCGAUUACUAUGGCAUUGAUAUCAUCCGUGUCCCCUGCAAAACUGUCUGGCUCCCUGACAUCGUCCUUGAAAACAACAUUGAUGGCAAGUUUGAUGUGGCUUACUAUGCCAAUGUAUUGAUCUCCAACAAUGGUUGGAUAUACUGGCUUCCUCCAGCUAUCUAUCGCAGCACGUGUGCCAUAGAGAUCACCUACUUCCCUUUUGAUUAUCAAAAUUGCACACUAGCGUUCAGAUCGCAGACCUACAGUGCCAAUGAAGUAGACCUCAUCUUGGCUGUUGGAGAAACAGGAGAGACAAUAGAAUGGGUGGACAUUGACCCCGAGGCUUUCACUGAGAAUGGUGAGUGGGCCAUCGUCCAUCGUCCAGCCAGGAAAAUGAUCAACCCGCGAUAUUCCCCUGACGACCUGGAGUAUCAGGAGAUCAUGUUCAACCUGAUUAUCCAGAGGAAGCCACUCUUCUAUGUCAUCAAUAUCAUCCUGCCCUGUUCCCUCAUAUCUUCACUGGUCGUAUUAGCCUACUUCCUACCAGCACAAGCCGGAGGUCAAAAGUUGACUGUGUCCAUCUCCGUCUUGCUGGCCCAGACGGUCUUUCUCUUUUUGAUUGCUCAGAAGGUCCCAGAGACAUCGCUGUCUGUACCUCUCCUCGGCAAGUACAUCAUCUUUGUUAUGUGCGUUACCACCCUCAUUGCUACCAAUCAGAUUGUGGUGUUGAACUUCUCCCUGCGUAGCCCCAGCACUCAUACCAUGUCCCAUAACAUCAAGCAUCUGUUUUUAGAGAUGGUACCCCGCUUCCUCGGCAUGUCCCCAUUGGUGGACGACAACGAGGUAACAUCAGAGAUGAAUGGCAUGAGAGAUCGGAGGCGAGACUCCUUUGGCCUCAUGCAGAGAGCAGAGGAGUAUGUGCUCAAACAGCCUCGUAGUGAGAUGAUGUUUGACAAGCAAAAGGAAAAGCAUGGCCUGAUGCAACCCAACGUGGAUGGUGUUGAUGCCAACUCUACAGCCAAUCUAUACAAGAGUUUAGCCCAAGCUGCACCUGAGAUAAAGCAGUGUGUGGAUGCCUGCAACUUCAUUGCUGAGACUACAAGGCAGCAAAACAACACUGGAUCUGAAAUUGAAAGCUGGGUGCUGAUCGGGAAGAUGAUUGACAAGGUGUGUUUCUGGGCUGCCAUUCUCCUCUUCAUCAUCGGCACAGUGGGGAUCUUCCUUACAGGUCACUUCAACAGGGCGCCCGAGUGGCCAUUUCCUGGGGAGAGCAAAACAUACACCCCUAAUUGAAGAAAAAAAGAAAAAGAACUGAAGCCUUUUGAGGCUAAGACCUCCCCAAGGUUUACUGUGCUUCACACGGUGUGUGAGGAUAACAGUAGUGAUCUCUGACUCUCUGACUCCUGUGCAGGAUCCCCAUCUGGGUUGAAUUGAGUCUGUAGAGCAUCAGAGAUUUAGCAGCACAUCUCAUGACAUUGAGUUGACUUGGUUUUCAUCUUGGUGUAAGUUACAUGAACAUACACUUGAUAGGUGGGCCAGGACACAUUAAGAUGUUGUAACUCAUUGCAAUCAACAUAACAAUUAUUUAUAUUUGUAUCGUUGUGGUGUGAAUUAAAGUAAUUCAUGCUCACUAGAAAUCUAUGUAUUGAGGCAAGGGAGAGAUUUUGUUUUUUGUCGACUCUGUAUAAUAAAGUUGCCCUAUUUGUGUGGGCUUUUAGUGACUCCAAACAUUGCAAAACAUGUCUGAUUGAAUUUUCCUGCAUGUACGAUGUCUUAUAUGAGGAACAUUGGUAUAUAAUUUGAGCCGGUCAGUUCAUCACAGCCUUGUUCUUAUGAUUACUUAUUUUUCAAGAUGUCUUGUUUGAGGUAGACGCCACCAA